UCAUAAACCCUCUCUUAGCUCCACACACACACACACACACUUCCAUAUUUAUAUAUAGAUAGAUAGAUACAUAUAGAAAGAGAAAGAGAGAAUCUAGAGAGAGAAAACAGAAACCCCAUUUCUCAGAAAGAACAAAAAUAGAAAUGGCAACUUCAACCCAGUUCCCCGACGAUUUUCGGUGCCCGAUUUCCCUUGAGAUUAUGUCCGACCCGGUUAUUCUCUCUUCGGGUCACACCUUUGACCGCUCUUCAAUCCAACGAUGGGUCGACUCCGGCCACCGGACUUGCCCGAUUACCAAGCUACCCAUUUCCGACCCGGUUGCUCUCAUCCCUAAUCAUGCCCUUCGUAGUCUCAUUUCCAAUUAUACCCUCGUCUCUUUCCCGAAACCACUAUCUUACCCUGAUCCACAAUCCCUUAUUCAAACCCUUGUUGCUUCUUCUUCUUCCAAUUUGGAUUCUAAGCUCAACUCGCUUGACCAACUCAGUAGGCUUUCCAAGCGUGACUCAGCGAUCCGAAGGAAACUCACCGAGUCAGGCGCUGUUUCUGCUGUUCUCAAUUGCGUUAACUCGGAUGAUGAAUCGGGUGGUUUGCAGGAGAAAGCGCUUCAUUUGUUGUUGAAUUUGAGCUUGGAUGAUGAUAACAAAGUGGGGUUGGUGGCAGAAGGGGUUGUGGGGAAAGUAGUCUCGGCGUUACGGAGAGGUGCUGGAGACUCGAGGGCAGUCGCCGCCACUGUUUUGACGAGUUUAGCGGUGGUGGAAGUGAAUAAGGCAACAAUUGGGGCUUACCCAGAUGCAAUUCUGGGGUUAAUUUCGUUGCUUUGGGGUGGAAAUGGUAGAGAGAGAAAGGAAGCUGCCACCGCUCUCUACACGCUGUGUUCUUUUCCUGAUAAUCGGGUUCGAGCAGUGGAAAAUCGAGCUGUUCCAAUCCUGAUUCAGAAUGCUAAUUCGGGACUAGAAAGAGCUGUUGAGGUAUUGGGAUUGUUAGCAAAAUGUAAAGAGGGUCGUCAAGAAAUGAUUAAAUUUGGUGGGUUAUUGGAUGUUUUGAUAAAAUUCUUGAAAAAUGGAUCUUCAAGAGCUGUGCAAUAUGCUCUUUUGACUAUCAGUUUGUUGUGUAACUACAGUGAAAGGAUGCGUGUGUUGGCUGUAAGAGAAGGGGUGUUUGAGAUUUCUAUUGGCUUAUUGGAAGAUGAUAAUGAGAAAGUUAGAAGGAAUGCUAAUAGCUUGAUUCAGGUUUUACAAGGGAAAAGAUUAAGUCUUUGAUUGGUUAAUAAGGAAAGGAUGUGAAUUUGGAAAGUGUUGAUUUUGAAUGAAUUAUGGAAGCUUUGGAGGGUGAAGAAGGUGAGUUGGGCUUCCUCAAAAUUAUUUUUGUUGAAUAGUUUUUCUUUGUACAAAAAGAUUAGAAUUUUAGGGCAAAAAAUGUGCAUCUCUCUCUUUCUCUGUCGAUUUCUCUUUUGUUUUUUUGGUUUUAUAUUUUUUUAAAAAAAAUCCAUGGUUCUCUCACUGCC